UAUGUCAAAGAAAGGAAAUAAGAAGAAGGGAGGAGAUGAUGGAGAGAGAGAAGAAGAAGAAAAGGUUAUGGUAUUAGAACAUAAAUGUAGAGCACUUUAGACUCGUUUUGGUAGAAAUAUUAAUUCAAAUAUUAGUGGAGGAAUAAGAAAGAGGAGAUAAAGCAAAAUCAGCUGAGAAUGAAAUCAGAGCAAGAGUGAUGGAAAUGGAAAAUGAUUUGAAGAAAGAGAAAGAUAAAUUAUUUUGCAUUGUGUAUUAAGAUUAUUUAUUAAUAAUAUAGAUCUGAUAUGACUAGAUAAUAUAAAUAAAUGUAGGAAGAAUUACUUAAAUAAAUUACAGAUUUAAGAUCAACUGAUGUAGAAAAAGAAGAAAUAAUUAGUAAAUUAUUCAUUUGAUUAAUUUUAGAGAAUAAAGAAUAAUAUAUAUAAGAUAUGGUUAAAGAUUAUGAAUAUAGAUUAAAGAAGAAAGAUGAUGAAAUUAGUGAAUUGAAACGUAAAAUUGAAGAGAUGUCAGCUGAAUUUGCUAGAAUGCUUAAAGUAUUAUGUUGAAAUUAUCAUUCUAAGGAUACUCUUGAUAAAAUGUAAGAGAGAAUAUAAUUGGCUUAAUGGGAUAAUGAUACUGAUCCUCAAAUCAUGAAGAAAAUUAAAGAUAUUGCUGGUAUGUAAACUCAUCAAUAAAAUUGA